AUGGGUAUUCUCGCGGGACAAAUCGGGCAUAUGACAACUGGAAAAAUAGACAUUGCCGUGGAAACUAUUUUCUUGCUCAUAGCUUUUGUUGCGGUUGGUGGACGGCUAUGGUCAAGGAAACUUCGACGGGUUGGAUUUCAAAUCAAUGACUGGGCAAUUCUAGUUGCAACAAUUCUCAUGACCAGUCGUUACGUUGUCGAGGUCAUCGUCGUCUUAUGGUGUGGCCUUGGUCUUCAUGUUGAAGAGGUCAUGAAGUACGGAGGGCCAGAUGUUCUUGUUAGAUUUGGGAAACUCGAGUACGCCGAUAACCUCCUUUGGGUUACACUUUGUGCUUUGGGGCUUCGUUCGUCUACUGACCUCAUUAUCGACAUCAUCACAAUUCUCUUACCUAUGCCGGUCCUGUGGAACUUGCAGCUUCCAACCCGAAAGAAGCUUGGGCUUAUGGGUAUCUUUGCGCUAGGAUUCAUUAUUAUAGCCAUCACUUGCAAAAAUAGCUCUGCUUUCAAGUCUUGUCCCGCUUCUGGGCAUCACCAACACAUGUCUACCAAUCUUGCCUCCUGCACUGAAGAGGAUUUUCAAGAUAACAAAGUUUGCGUCCUCAGCUCAUGGAUCUGA